AUGGCUUCACAGGCAAAGAUUUCGUUAUCGGACCUUCUUGAUCGAAAUAAGGAGUAUUCCAAAAGUCAUAAGCCGUUCCCAUUCUAUACAAAAGAGCUUUUAGCCGGUCUCAAACGAACACUCAUAGUCACCUGCAUGGAUCCUCGAGUCAUUCCAGAGAAGUUCAGCAAUUUCGAAGCCAACAAGGUCCCAGUCAUUCGCUGUGCCGGAGGUCGGGUCAAGUAUGCCAUCCAUGAUAUCCUCAGCCUCAACACUAUUGUGGCGAUCGACGAGAUAGUGGUGAUUCACCAUGUCGACUGCGGCGUGAUGCAAGUCACAGAUGAGGCGUUUCAAGCAGAGGCGAAGAAGCGAUCCGAAUCAGAAGCAGCCAAAUUGGACUUCGAGGGCAUGCAUAUUGCAGACUUGCAUGAGAGCGUAAAGAGUGACGUCGCGUGGCUGAGAAACAGCCCUCUCAUCAAGUCAGAUACUGCGGUCAAGGGGGCUAUCUUCGAUAUUGUCAGCGGCAAACUGGAAGUGGUUGAGUCUUGA